CAGAGAGAGCACACUGUCCUGACAGCACUGUCUCUCCUGUCAGCUUCUCUCAGUCGAACCCUGAAGUCAGCGUUUCAAAGGCACUUUGUCUUUGGAGGCACCUUGUUUGUGGACAGCCAAGCGUUUGUUUGUUUGUUUGAGUCCUCGUGCAGAAGAUGAGCCGCUCGCGCUGUGUCGCUCUGCUGCUCGUGCUCGUGCUCUGCGGAGCCGCGCAGUUCGCCGAAGCCUGCAGCUGCUCUCCUGAACAUCCUCAGCAGGCGUAUUGCAAUGCGGAUAUCGUCAUCAGAGCCAAAGUGAUUGGCCAGAAGGAUGUGGUCACUGGUAAUGAUGCCUACGGCAAUCCAAUCAGAAUGAUCCAAUAUGAUGUCAAACAGAUAAAGAUGUUCAAGGGUCCUGACGGAGAUAUUGAUGCCAUCUUGACGGGCCCCUCACCAGCUUUGUGCGGGGUCAGUCUGGAGAGCACUGGCAAAAAGGAAUACCUGAUUACUGGUAAUAUGGAUUCAAAUGGCACAUUGCGUAUAAAUCUUUGCAACUACAUUGAAUCUUGGGAGUCUCUGAGUCUAACACAGAAAAAGAACUUGGGUCCACGCUACCAGAUGGGCUGUGAUUGCAAGGUCGUCCAGUGUCCUAUGAUCCCUUGUUCCAUUAAUGACCCUGCGGAGUGUCUUUGGACUGAUUGGGUGAUGGAGGGAACGGUUCAUGGUACACAGUUUCAGCAUUACACCUGCAUUAAGAGGAGUGACAGCAGCUGUGCCUGGUACCGUGGGUAUGCCCCACCUAAAAAAGAGUUCAUGGACAAUGAGGACCCUUAAACAAGUCCUCAGUUCGAUCUCUCAUUCAGAAAAUCCCCCACAACACAGCUUACGUGACCUUAAACUCACACCUUAACUCUGCAAAUGCAUUCUAGAGCCCAUGAAACCUGUCAAGAACGUGUUUGGGCCAUUACAGAAAUUCAAAGGGAACAGAUCUAAUAUGGGAAUAUUUUUGUAUAAAUGAAUGAAUAAAAAAAAAAAUUAUGAAUCAUAUUUUGCAUAGAAAAAAAUAAAGUUUAAAAGAUCCUAAGAAUGCCAGUGGUCCAGUUUUCAUUUUGGUAUUACAAAAUUAUAUAUUAUCAUUACUGUAUUACAGUAUUUAGAGAAUGAGAAUUACAAACAAACUAAUAAAUUAAAACAUCCAGACAUGCGACGAUGGGAUGAGGAUUUUGCUAGAAAUAUAAUGCAAAAUAUAAUGUAUGUGUGCUAUUUUCCCAGGCAUGAAGAUUUGGUUGCAUGUUAAUAUAUGAAGUGAAUCUUACCUCUAGUGUUGAAAUGACAGGCAGAAAGGUUUUCUUGCUAUAUUUUUUGCUCUCCAAUAAAGAGGAAAUUGGUUACAACAGUGUUUUUCACUUCCUCAAACACAGAUUGAGCAAAUAGUUUUUCAUAUUUUAUGCCGUCAAGUUUAUUGUUACCACAUAAUUCCCAUACUUUGUUUGUAUUAUUUCAUAGUUUUGACUUAACUAUUAUUCUAAAAUGGAGAAAAUAGUAAUACUUAAGAACUGGUAUGAUAGUCAGAAUUAGUAAGUGUGUCCAGAUCUUUGCUUGGUAGUGUACACCAGAAAGUGAAAUGAGUUCAUGGGUGUCGAAGGAAUGUAAAUCAUAAGUGCGAUGUCAAUUGUAUACUGUACUGUGCAUAUAGCAGCGUACAUACAUCUGAGAAUAAUUUAUGUAUUUUGUAAUAGAUACAGGAUUUUCUAAUUUAUAUCAAAAUUAUACUGCUUUGAAUGUGUUCCGAAAUAUAUGCAGUUGUAUGUGCUGUGUUGUUGUUUAUGUUUUUUCAUGUUUUGUCAUUUUAUGACUUUUUUAAUGCAUUCUUCAUAGCAAACUACAUUUAUUAAGAGUUAUGUCUAGUAAAGCUUCAUUGAUACCCAUUGUGAUAACUGUUAUGAUAUUAAUGAAUAAAGGAGCAGAAAUGUCCAAUG